CCGGCGCAUGACUGUAUAUAAAAAUAGAGUAACACUAAUCAUUCUGUGCUGGCUAUGUGUGUAGAGCCUGUCCCUCUCUCCCCUGCCACUGAUGAAUAUCAUGAUGAAAAUGAUAAAUAUGAUGAUGAAGUUUAAGGCAGUGUAGUUACAAGUGCUCCUCAUCUGCCUUAUCGGCAUUGUAAACCUGCUCGGACUUGUAGCGCUUCUCCCGGAUAAUCUCAACAAAGAUCACAGGAUACUCCCUUAUUGCUACAUUGUUCGCUGAGGCUGAAUCACCAGUGAUGCUCGAAUUGUGCAGGUUGUAGCGCUUCUUGAAGUUCUCAAACUACCCCUUACUGGCAUUAAAACCUUUCUUUGUAGUAUCACCAGAACCACCGGCACAAGAACCAUAUUCACCAUUCACUUCACAUUCACCAUUCACUUCACCUUCACCAUCUUCCUCAGCAUGGAAUCAGUCAUACAGGACCUUGGCUUUGUCACAGAUAAACUUUUGGCUGAGAAGGAUGUGGCAGUAGUUAAAGUCCUCAAUCUAGAUGUUAAAAGCUUUCUCCAUCUUCGCCAUAGCUGUGUCCCUCACAUUAGCAGCUACCUUGGCAAAAGAGGGAGCACUUAAGGCAACGGCAUUAUGAUGUAGCAGACAGUUGACUCAUUGAUGCCAAACUCGUGGCCACAUGCAGCAAAACUCUGGCCACUCCUAUGUUUGUCCAGCAGUUGUAUCUUCUCCACAAGGGUCAUGACCUUCAUUUCUCUCUUCGCUUUUUUUGACACCUUCCCGCGGCUUGAUAAAGGUGGUUGAAGGCAUUUGGGAGCCAUCACAAGCAUGAGGAGCACAGUUAUUAAGAGAGCAGAGAAGCACAAACAUGAGACGGACAAGUGUUUAUCCCCAACUGUGGUGGAGUGUGUGCAUGGCCCAGCCGCCUGGGACAACAGAGACACCUUGCGGGACACCACAAAACUCGCAUGUUCCCUGUCCUCGGCCACGAAUAUGCUGCCAACUUUAAAAGUACCUGCACAUAUUCUUGGGUACAUCCAGGGUGUCAUCUGUGAAUAAUCGAAGGCCGCGAUUUAAAAUCCCGCAAAUUGUUAGGGCAUGCUGUACUUUAUAACUUGUAAUAAGAGGAAUGUAAUAGAGGAUGUGAAAGCCUGCAGCAUAUGAUGUAUCUUCCUAGUAUAACUUAUUAAUAUUUCUUUUAUCAACAUCAGACUAUUUAUUGUGUUUUUGCAAUGCCAGACUUUUAUAUCCAAUAGUAUAUACAGUAUCGAAUUUGUUUUAAGGUUUUAAGUUUUGGUACAUAGAACUAAAAUAGUAUUUAACAGUUUUCCCGAGGCACAAAUGAGAUGGGUGGAGAAACAGAGAGUCCCAGUACUAGUAGUAGUCCCAGCAAGCAGUUUGGACUAGAUGAUGAGGAGAUGAUGCUACUGUCACCUGCGGCUACCACUGCCAGCUCCACAGAUUCACGUUCAUCGAGUCCAGAGCCAGACCAACACUCAGCAGAUACCAUUAAAGAAGAGGAACUGUCAGAAGUAGAAGCAGUGACAGCACCCAUAAAGAAGAGUAUCUUUGAGGUAGAAAUCAUUGAUCAGAAGAGAAAACCCAAAAGAAAAGCAGCUGUUGAGGAACUCUUUCAGUCUCUGAAGAAGAAACGAAAAUAUGAGUUUCAUGGAAAGAAAGAAGAUGUUCCAGUGUCUCCAAAAUAUCCACACACUUCCCGCAGUGCUACAUCAUCACCAAGAUACCAGCAUGCAGUUCGUUCCACCCAAGCAAGGAAGACUUUAACCUCUAAGAAGAGGAAUCGUGAUUCUAUAUGUGGCAUUGAGGAAGAAGGACCAUCAAUGAAGCAAGCUGAGGGUUCAUUCUCCGGUGAUGUUCCAGAAAGUGCUACCUGUGAUAGCCCCUUACCACCCCAGUCAACUAACCUUGUGACUGUAGAACUAGAAGAUGGCUGGAAGAAGUGCUGCACUCGGCGCACCCAUGGGACAACUGCGGGCAAGUGGGACAUGUUCUAUGUUGCGCCAGAGGGGAAAAAGAUCCGCUGUAAAAAUGAUCUCCAUCGGUACUGUGAAGAGUUAGGACUUCCUUUUGAGAUAGAAAAGUUUGACUUUUCUGUAAAAAAUAUGAAAGAUGCUAUUGAAGCUUACCUUAAAGAAGCAGACUCUAAGGUGACUACUAAGACUCACCAGCCUGCUAAAGACCAAAAGGAGCUCUCUAAAGAUGUGGGACUUGUUGAGGUUAAAGAAGAGAAAAUUGAACAUGAAGACAAAACAGCCAUCUCAGAUCCAGGAGAGAGCAGCAAAAUUCAUAUGGUAAAAAGAUCUGAAGUGAAGAAACCAGAGGUAAAGCGACUUGAUGUUAAGCUGAGUGACCCCCCAAGAAUGAAAAUAGAGAUCCCCAUUAUACCAAAGACAGAGAAUAUAGGUAUGUUAGCCUCGCCACUGAUAAGUCCCUCAGCAAGCCCUUGGUCUCCCACUCUUACCUCUGCACUACCCCGAUCCUUGCCUGCCUCUGCAAUUGUUCAUUCAGAUGAAGCAGUAAAAGAAGAACCACCACCACCACCACCACCACCACCAGCAGAAGAUACAGCAGUAGGAUCAGAUUUAACAGAAGAGACACCGAAAUUUGGAGCAACACCUCCUGCACGUCAAAAGAAUAUCUUGAAAAAGGAGCCAGUCCGUGACAAACCAUCUGGAUAUGUGGCCCCCAAUGAGUUUGUAGUGAGGGCAGAGCACAAUGAACACCAGUGUCCAAAAGAUGGCUGUGGUAAAGGUUUCCGCAAAGAAAACCUCCUGCAGAUGCAUAUCAAACAUUAUCAUCCAGAAAUCCUUAAGAAAGGCAGCAGCUGGGCACCAAAUGUUGCCGACCUGGCAUAUGCUCGUACUGUUGGUGAUCAUCUAGACUUGAAUGCAUCUCCUACUCCUGCCUCACCUCCUCUAGAUAAAGCACUCAAGCAAGAAACUUUAUCAAAGAAGAUUUCACGUGGAGUGGUGUCUGGCAGUUCCACUGAUGCUCGAAACAAAACAGGAGAAAAGAAAGGCCAAGGACCACUGAAAGGGGCAAAUACUUCCAGAGAAAUUAAAAAGAAGGAUUCCCUUAAAUCAGAAACUGAAAUGACAAAAUCCAUGUCUGAAGAUGAAAUUGAACCCAAAGAAGAAUUAGAUGACUACAUGGAUGAUCUUGAAGAAGAAACACCAGUGCUUCGAGACAUUGUUCGUGCUGAGGACCCAGAUUAUGUACCCUGUGAGGUGGAUCCAUUACUAAAGAAGAAAGAUAAGAAGGAGAGGAAGCGAACACGAAGUGAAGCAAAGGGAAAGAAAAGGAAGUCAGUUCCUUCAGAAAGUAUGAGUGAGGAUGACCAGCAGGAAACUAGAGCAGUUACCAAGUACCGAUACAGCAAACGCAAGGGAUCUGCACCACCCAAAACCAAUGUUUCAGCCACCAGUGAUCCUUUUUCCUCUGAAGCCAAUUUAUCAACUUCACCAGUGAAGAAGGUUCAGUGUGCAGAAGAACCUACAAACUUAGAAGUUGAAGAGGACACGACUGACACCUGGGUUGAAGGAGCAGAGAAUGUAUCUGUUCAAGAAACCUCAGCUGAAAUUAUAAACUGUGGAUGUGGAUCUACAGAGGAGGAGGGACUUAUGUUACAGUGUGAUGUGUGCCUUUGCUGGCAACAUGGUGCUUGCUACAAUAUAGUUGGAGAAGACCAGGUGCCAGAUAAAUACAUCUGUUCACUUUGUGACCAUCCAAGACUGGAACGAUCCUCACACAAAUUCAGGCACCACCAAGACUGGCUAAAGGAAGGACGCCUACCAAGAUUUUCAUUUUCCCGUACCCGUGGCGAUGCUCGACUGGAGGCUUGUGUACGACGAGGUCAUGAGAUGACAGCCAAUGUCCUGCAGUUGUCACAAGUUCUACAUUCUCUCAGACUCAAGUUACACAUUGCUAAGGAAGCAGAUCACCCCAAGUUUGUCAUGUGGCAUAAAAAGUGGGAUGAGAGAGAAGAGGACAGUGAUCAGAGCAAAGCAGCUACUUUAGCAAAUACAGAUACAGUAGCUCCUCUCCAUGAAUUAAUGAACAUAGUGGAACAAGAUGGUUCUGAUCUCAGUCCAGCACUUACUAACCCAUUGAUGGCAGAACCAGGUCUCAUGACUACUGGGAUGAGCAGUUCAGAUGAGCCAGGUGCAACACAUGCCACUUCUCCAGUAGAGCAAGAUGAGAAACCUAACCCUUCAGGGGUUUGGGAUAUAACUGGACAAUUAAUUAAUGUAGAAAAUUUCUCUACAAAUAGUGAUGCACAGAAACCUGGUAGUGCUGAUGUGCUCCAGAAGGAACCUGCUGACAAGAAAAAAAUCAAAGAAGGGGAUGCAAUAGAUAGUAUUAAAGGAAAUAGUAAUUUAUCUGUACCAUCCAUUAUGUCAGGCAUGCCUGAUGCUGAAAAAAAGGAGAGUGGUGAAGGUAACAAAAUACACCCAGUUACUAAGUUUGAUGAUGCAGAACAAUCUCCAGUUAGUGAAGAUAAGGAUGGAUCCACAGAUUCUCAGGACCAAUCCAAAAUCAUUAGUGAUAAGUCUGAGGGAGAAAUAACACUACAGACAAAGGCAAAUUUGACAUUAUCAGAGGGAAGUAGUAAAAUUUAUGAUCCACAAAAAGAGAGCUUAGAUGCAUCAGAAGCAGAAAGAGAUCUCAUUGAAAAUAGUAGCACUUUGCAGACUACCCCAGAUUCAACAGAACUAGAGCUUGGAAAUCAGACUGGGUUGAAGCCACCAAGUAAACAGGACAAUUUAGAGGAUAAGAAAACUGAGGAUAGUAAGAGAAUUGAUGUAGUUAAGGGGAGUGCAGAAUCAAAUAAAGAAAUCUCAAUGGACAUAACAGAAGAAUCAACUCAUAAAGAUAUAUCCCCAAUAAAGUGUUCACCUCAGUGUCAAAAACUAGAAUCUUUAAAAAGUGCAAAGCUUAGAGAAACAUCCCAGCAAGAGUCACCAAGCAGUGAUAAUGUUCAUCCAGAAGACUGUAUUUGUGAGGAAAUUAAAUUACAAGCAGAAGAGAAGAAAAUGGAAGCUUUUAUCAAGGAAGAAAGUACAGAUGGUUCAGAUUCUUCUUUAAAAGAUAAUUUUAAAUCAGGCAUUGUACCAGAAGACGUUGAGAUGCAGUCAACUGAGAAUGAAGGGAAGACUGAAUCAAAUAAAAAAGAAAGUAAUGUUAAAACAAGUGUAUCUAAAGAAUUGAUUACUACGAUAAUAAAUGAAGCAAAUACACCUAAGAGUGAAGUUGAAAUCAAACCAACUCUCAAAGAAGAGAAGACUGAGGCAGAUGUUAGUGUUUUAAGUGAAGCUAAAGCUCCUGAAAAUUAUAUAGCUGAAGGCAAAAUCACCAAAAGAGAAGAUGGAGAUGAUACAGAAAUUGCCUUUGAGAAUCUUGAUGAGAUGAAGAGUGAUGCCUCAAAAGAUCAUUGUAUCUCAAAAGAUAAUGAAGAUAACAAAAUGACAGAUAUUGAAACAAAAGAUAAAAGUAAGCCUUCUCUUGAAAGAGAUGAAGGGGAGACUGAAGAACACAAGUUAAGUGAAGUGGAAAUGUCUGCUGUUCAGGAACCUAGUGAUAUAAAUGAAAAAGAGGGAAAGCAAUCUAAAGAUCUUGAAGGCAUAGAGCUGCCUCAGUCAUCAGUUAUUGAUGCAGCAGAUAUUUCCCAGCCACAAGACAUAGAAGGAACAGAAGACACCCUGGAUGAUGAUGACACUCAACUGGAUGAUGGUGAUGAUCUUGCUCUUGACCUGGGAGGGUUGGGAGCAGCAGGGGAGGGAGGUAUGCCAGGUGGUAGUGACCUUGCGGCCCUUCUGUCUUCACAAACUGAGCUGGAACAGUUGGUAACUCAAGCUAGUUCAGCUCUUGCUCCUCAUGUGCCAACAGCUGGUAUUGUUCAGUCAGUGCCUGCCCCUAUCAUUCCUGAAGCAGAGAGGAUUGAGCCAGUCAACUGUAAGCUAAAUCUAUUGGAACAUGUGCAAGUUGUACAGAGCAACAUUACCAAGCGCUUUGAUCAGAUUGAAAAGCAGCUUGAAGUGCUUGAAGCAGAAAUGGGGCUGUCAGCUGACACUGCAGAUGAGGAGUGUGAGGAAGACAGUGAGGAACGUGAUCCAGCUACUCUCCAGGCUCGAGCCCUUAUUAAGCUUAUUCUUAAUGAUGUCAAUGUUGUAAAAAAGAUAGCAGAAUUCACUCAUUAAUUAACUUUAUUAUUUAAUGUUCAAGUUAACUGAAAUAUGCUUAUUGCACUGCAAGGCACGAUGAUAAUGAAAUAGUCUAGCAGAGUAAGUUGAUGUAAGACUCACAUUAUUGCUGAAUAAUUUGAAUGCAGCUCAGAAGUUUUUCAGACUAUAUCUUCAGAACUGAUGAUUCUAGUUUUCGUAACACCUCACUUCAUUUAACCCAAAGUGGAAUUUUGAGAGUAACUGUAAUGAAGUAUUAUGACAAAAACACAGUUGAAAAAUAAUGGCCUGAAGAGAUACAGUAUUUUAUUGUGACUGAUGACCAGAAGUAAUGCCUUGACAUACACACUGGAGUUUAUAGACACUCUACAACUCCAGUGUGACUGUGCUGUGGAACACUGUGAAAUGAGACUAUAGUGUAGCAAGAAGGAUUGGUGUGCCAAGAUAUUUGAAACUGGAAAUAUUGUGCAACAAACACAUGGUAAGUCAUGUUUUACAUUAUGCCACAAAGAGCAUAGUUUUUGUGACCAGUGGCUCCUAGUGCAUUUUCUAUAUAGUGAUGUUGUUUGUAAAGAAAUAAAUUAUGCAAAGUGAAACUAACAAAAGAGAUCAGCUAUAGAAAGAUAUUCUCAUUAAGGAACCAGUUGUUACUGUGUUUGAAAUUUCCACUGGAAAAUGGAAGUACUUCUUGGGUGAAAGGCAAAUUAUUACCUGUCUUGGUGGAUUUCAUACAGACAGACAAUGAGAGAGAAAAUUGACACUGACAAUAUAGAGUUUAUACAAAAGACAGACCAGUGCCUCUUUUUGUGGGAGAAUAUGAACAUAAGACUCUGACAUGAGUGCAGUGAGAUAUUCUCGAUUGUUUAGUUGGAAAUAUUUAGCCAACAACACAGAAUUUGCCAUAGUUGCUGAUAGACAUUGUACAAAAAUAUAUCCAGACUGUAAAUAAAGUUGCAUUAUCAAAGUGUUGUAGAGCAAGUGCUGGGUGUUAAAUGAAUAUUGAUUAUCAUGUUGAAUGAAAAGACAUUACAAUUAAAUUGAAAAGGAAACUGAUCCUCUUGUUUAUUUAGUUAUUUUGUGUAGAAUUUAAUGAUUUUAGAAAUAAGAAUCACUCCUCAUCUGGCUUCAAAAAAACAGGUACCCAGUAGAUACUGUACAGUAAUUCCUCGCCAGACACGGGUUGGCUAACUAUCAGUGGUUUUAGGUAUCCAUAUUUUAUAUAUUGUACACUGUUUUACCAAUGCCAGUAUCCAGUUUUGAACAUCCGCGGGUUUCCACAGCCAAAGUGGGAGAUUUCUAGUCCAUCAUGCGGGAAUGUUUCAUCUUGUUUGCUUCAUCCUACAGCACAUUAUAUGUUCCUCAAAGGACAGUUUGUUAUCAUGUACCAUGCCCUGGUCCUCUUCCUUCUCUAAUCUCUUUAAAUCAAUUUGCUUGAUUUGGAUUUUCAUAUAAUACAUUACUGUACAGUAUUUGGCUUUCUACUGUCCUGGCAAUAUUCAUCACUUAACACUCCCAGGGUUGGAGGGUGGGAAUGGCAGUCACACCCAUUGUGGUCCAGGUGUAGCCACUCACUGAGUUAUUAUUAUGCAUUAUUAAUCAUUAUAUAUGAAAAUUUUUAAUGAAUACAAUAUAAAAUGUU